ACCUUUGAAUUCUAAUUUCUUUUCUAAUGAUAUCAAAUAUAUUUACAAUUCCGGUCUAAAGAUAGCAUCCUGAAAAACUAACCUUUGCCCACAUACUAUAUUUAGGGACAAUUAGAAUGAUAAGGGAGUGAUUUUAAUAAUUUCCAGAUCUCAUGGGUCACUUAAGAAUCUCAUAUAAAUAUACCUGAAUAUUUACCUCGUUCCUUACAAUCUUUUACUUCUUGCAAUUCUUCAUUCUUUGCAAACAAUAUCCAUACUUUAGAAAAAUAAUUAUAAAAAUGAAGACUUUAUUGAUUUUGAUUGCUUCCAUUACGGUUGUGGCUGGUAGUCCUCUUGGAAGAAGCAGCUACAUUGAUGCUAUCGAACGAUGCAAUACAUAUGUGGAUAAAUUACUGGUGAACGCCGCGAAAGAUAAUAAUUUGGAAUCAUUUCCCGUUUACGGAAGAGAACUUAACUUUAGGAAGAAAGUAGUUUUCUAUCCAUUCAAAUGCUACGCCAACUUGACAGAGGGUCACAUUACAGGAUUGGGCAAUCUUCAUCGAAAGGGCGCAUGCUCCAUAUCCUUUCAUAACAGAAGACUGAAAAUUCACACAGAAAUCGAAACCAAACAAAUUAACUUCAAUUUUACUGGCAAAGCAUCCGUUAUCGGUUCAACCGCUGACGUCAUGGUAGACGCCGUUACCUCUCCUUUGAAAAUCGAAAUGGAUUUCUCAUUUAAUGGCUCAUCAGGUGACGAUGGCAAGUUGGACAGCUACAGGCCAACCGUCAUAUCUAACAUGAAUGUUUGGAUUGAUGGUCUGGGUAUGCUGGAAUGGAUAAGGGAACCCAUGGAAGAAAACGUGGAAGAGUUGUUCUUUAACUUAAUUAAUACACUGACACAUCACCAUCUGAAAGAAGCGUUUAGAGAGGAUAUUCAGAAGAAUCCUUUUUCUAUAGAAGACUUAGAAGAUGUUUAUGCAUCUACAAUUGAGCCAGUCACUGAAGACCAUGGAACAACACCUCGUGGCAAAGAAGAAUAUACUAUAGAGGAUUCUAACAGUUACAUCGACUCUGUUCUCGCCAACCGGUUUUUGUUCGAAUCGAAAUAUAGCAAGUUGGAUCCUCUCGUUUUGAGUAGCACUCGCUUGGAGAAAGUUUUUGUUCGAGAUCCUCAAAAUGAAGAUGCAAAUUUUCUCAAACUUGAGAAGGGCGAACUUGAACACCUGUCCAACGUGAGGAGGAAUUCCGAAUGCAGCAUUCCCGAAUUCAUUGAAAGAAACAUUACUUUUGAAUGCUCUCUUGGAUUCGACGAAUUAACUCUGAAGUACCAAGCCGAAGCUCACAAUGGUAGUGAUGUAUAUAAUUUCCAGCUCAUCGUUACAGUCAAACAAACGAAAUUAUCGUUAAAGGUUACAUCUACCUUAAGUGACAAUGUUCCGACAAUCCUUGACUAUUCAGUCGACAAUGUGGGCAAAAUCAGUAUAAUAGCUGCCAUAGAUAUUGUGGGUGCCCAAGCGAGGUCACCCUCUUCGAUAGAAACUCUCUACAACAGUAAAGUCAUUCUGACGUACUUUUCGGAAGAAGUAAAUAGCAUUUUAAAAGGACGAUUUAAAGAAGUCUUGAAUUACAGCAUUUACAAAACACCUCUGCAUUUCUUGGACUCGUAAAAUGUAUCUUUUGUUUAUAAGUUAUUGUUCCGUUACCUAAAAUGUAGGACAACUAGCUAAGUUUUUAAAAGGGGGCUAAAGACACAAAAUUUCGAAACUUUUUCAGUUUAAAAUUAUGCGAACAUUCAAUAUUUAUUUAAUCUGGUAAACGUAAUCUGCCAUAAUUUCUAUUCAUCUUUGUUACAAAAGAAUUAGUUAGCAAUUUGUGGCAUCCGUAGAAAUCUUUACAAACGAAGCAGCUGAUUUGUUAAAGAUUUUUUUUAAGUCAACAACGUAUGAUUCGUUUUUAUUUAAUUUCUUUUUCAGGAUAGAUCGUAAGACCAAGCGAUAUAUUUUGAGGAAUUCUUAACAAAAAUGGGGAAAAUACUGUAUCCAUUGUGGGCCUCAAAUUAAAGAGGGGAACAAAUGUCAAAACUUGACGAAUUAUGAACGAGAAGGGCCGAGUUGAAAGCACCAAACCUUGUUUACUGACUGAAGAAAGCGAAACGGGAGUAAGCAAUUAUAGAAUAGUCUCUAAAUUUCAUACAAACAUUUUUCACAUUUCGAUAGCGUUUUUGUUUUUAAAUAAAAUGACUUCAUUUUGGACAAGUGUUCUAAAAAUAGGAAUAAAGAGUAAUGAUUUUAGGACACUCAGUAUAAAAAAAUUAAUUUGAGCGAAUGGCAUACAAAAUUAUUACAAAAUUGUUAAUUUUUGAAAAAAAAUUUUUGGGUUCUAUCCGAAAUUGGCUAUGCUAAUUUUUGCACAUUUUAAUUUUCUUAAAAUACGUGAAAUAUUUUGUUUUAAAAAUUUUGCCUCAUUAAGUAUUUGAGCAGAAUAAAAUUUAAUGCAAUAAUAUAAACACUUAAAAAAAAGCUCGUAAAAUGUGUCUUAAUGCUCCUUAACUGUAAAACAUUGGAAUGCCCUAUUUUUACAGGAGAACUGCAUUUGAACUUGUAAAUAAUAGAUAAUCUUUUACUUAUUAAUGGAUGAAAUUGUAAUAAAGUGUACAUAUU